AUGACCCAAACAUCACAAUCAAGAAUGUCCGAAACCGACUCGAAAGCACUCGUCUACAAACCCCCAGCUCGUCCAACACUCAACCGACCUUCCGUCAUUCUGUACGGCAGCAUCGAACCUGACCCUGCCAACGACUGGCAGACCAGCCUCGCGCGUUCCCUCGUAGACCUCCCAGUCACCGUCAUCAAUCCGCGCUGUGAUGCCUGGGACAGCACUUGGGUCGAAGAUGCUUCGGAUCUGAGAUUCAAGGAGCAGGUCGAAUGGGAAAUGGACUACGCGAAAUUAGCUGAUGUUAUUGCGUUCUACUUUAAGCCUGGCACAUUGACGCCUAUUACGUUGCUUGAGUUAGGAAUGUAUGCUGGUACCGGGAAAGCUGUUGUAUGUUGUCCGAAAGGAUUCUAUAAGAGGGGUAAUGUGCAGAUCGUUUGUGCGAGAUAUGGAAUUGAGCUUCUGGAGACGUUGGAGGAGCUGGAAUCCGCUAUCAGAAAGAGGAUGACGGACAAGCUUGCGACGUGA